UUACAGAAGUGAUCAGCUGAAGCGUCGACUGAAACAAGAUUACCCACAGCUAAUUUUUCAUUCACCAAGUCGACAGAAUAUGUGUGAUAUUGUCUAUGUAGACUCACUUUCAGCAGAUACCAUGGUAUCACGGAUGAAUGAAAGUGAGUUUGAAUCAGAUUUCUCACCCAGUGACACAGAUUCUCAGACCAGUGCUAGUAGCCCACUUAAGUCAAUUCAUCACUAUCAUGACUCGCAACAAUCUCUACGGACUCUUUUUGAAUCUGGUGUUGUUAUAAAUGCAGCCAUCAAGGCCCAGCAGUCUAUGGAAUGUAGAUGGCCUCCUACAUCUGACGACUUGAAUGUUCGGUCAUGUGAGACUGUAAUUCCUGUUGAAUUGUACAAUAUGCUUGCAUGGAUAGUUGGGGCCUCAGAUGAAUGCACUAUUGUAGAUAGGGUUACUGUGCCACAAAAAACUCACUUGUUACUUCUUUCAAUAUGUCAAGAUAUUGUGUAUAUGUCUUCCAAUGGUAGAAACCAAACUCCCAAAUCACUAGCUUUAGGACUUGCUGUUCGUCAUCUGACUGGGUCAGGCCAAGUAAUGCAGCUGCUCAACAAAUUUGGUCACUGUGCUUCUCCUGAUGUAGUCCGUGGAUUAGAGACCAGUCUCGCAGAGCUUCAGCUUCUUUCAGUUGAUGCUAUACCACAAGGCUUUCAGAAAGGUAAACUGACAAUAUUUGUUUGGGAUAACAUUGAUUUUGCUGAAGAGGCCAUAACCGGAGCUGGAACAACUCAUCAUACAAAUGGUAUCAUGAUCCAAAACAACACAGAUGAUGUGCCUAAUGCAACCAAGGAGAUUACAGGUACUCGAAUCAAAAAGGGUCAGCGGACUCUCAAACCAGCUCUAUCAGAAAUAGAACCUUACCAUCAAAAGAAGAAAUGCGGCCCCCAGAACAUUUCUGACACUGAUUUACCUAUAGAUAUCUAUAAAGAUAAAGUGAAACAAGCUGUCAUGACUGAUCUUGCCUAUGUUGUAAUAAAAGUAACACAGAAUGAAGGUUGUACAAUUCCUGGAUGGCGCGGCUUUAAUAUGAACUGUAAAUCUUCUGUUCCGGCAAAAUCGUCCAUAUAUUACAUGCCUGUAAUUGAAGCUUCCCCAACUGAGAUGAGCACUGUGAACAAAAUACUUCAAAAAAGCCUAGAAGUAGCCGACAACAUGGAGUUGAAUAAUGUGGUUUUGGUCUUUGAUCAAGCUAUAUAUGCGAAAGCACAGCAGAUACGUUGGAGCAAUGACUUGUACAUGAGCAGAAUUGUGGUACGUUUAGGCGAGUUUCAUACGUGCAUGUCAUACCUUGGUGUUCUUGGCAAACGAUUCAAAGAAGCUGGUCUUCAAGAUAUCUUGAUUGAAGCAGAAGUUGUAGCACAAGGUUCCAUUAAUGGUGUCAUUACUGGUCACCAUUACAACCGCAGUAUCAAGGCACACAAGUUGAUGUACGAAGCACUGGAAAGGCUACGUCUCAAGGCUUUCUUUGACUCAAUAUCAGAAGAACAGGUUGCAGAGCACUUCCUUCCCUUUACUGAAGAGAUGGUGGAUGCAUACUAUGCUAAGAAGAUGGAUGAGGCUAUCAAAUCAAGUCAAUUCUCAAAAUUGAUGGAUUCCUACUCGUCGUUCAUUUUGACACAAAGCCGGGAAAGUGACUCUUUCCAGUUCUGGAGUUCCUAUAUUAACAUGGUGCAAUUGCUGUUAACCUUCAUUAGAGCAACAAGGGAGUCGAAUUGGACUUUGCAUCUUGCUUCGGUCAGAUUGAUGAUGCCAUGGUUUUUUGCUUAUGGCCGAAUGAACUAUUCUCGGUACUUGCCUGCAUACUGGUUAGAGAUGAUGAACCUUCCUUCUACACACUAUGACUGUUAUCUAGAGAUGUCUGAACAAGGUAAUUGGACUGUACGUCGUCAGGACAGAUAUCCAUUUUCAUCAAUUGCAUGUGACCAAGCUAUUGAGCAAACUGUGAACAGAGACUCCAAAACAAAAGGAGGCGUCACUGGAUUUACAUUGAACAGUGGAGCUGUGCAACGUUGGAUCCUGGCCCAACCACAACGGUCAGCUAUUACACGACAGUGUGAGAUGAUGGCUGGUGUUUCUCCAGAAACAAGGCCUUGUAAAGAUAAUGAUGCUACUAGAAUCAAGAAGGAUGAAAAAGCAAUAACUUUAAUCAUGGAUACAAUCAACAGCAUGAUCAAUCCAUUUGACAACCAGUAUGAUGAACUAGUGUGUCUGAGCUCAGGUGUUAUAGCUGACAGAAGUGUGAGUCUUGACUUGAAGAAUGCCUAUGCUAAAGGUGCCAACUAUAUGAAAGAGAUUAAUUUCUGAGAAAGGUGUUGAUAUGUUUGCCCCCAUUAAAAACUUGAAGUUGAAGACUUUUGGAGACCAAAAGAGACAGAAACAGAAUACCAAAGCAGAGAAGGUGGCAGUCUUAAAGAAUGAUAGAGCACUGUUUGCUAGAUUGCUAGUCAUAGCACAGACCAGGAAGAUUGACCUUAGAGAAAUUCUGACAUAUUCCCUUGGAUCUAUAUCUCUGCCAUUGGCAAGCAUGGAUGGCUCUUUAGCUAAAACUUCAAAAUCAGCUCUAUUAGAUCUUGUGGAAAAGAAAGCAGAAGAUUGUCUUGUAACAUUGGUGCCUUCCAACUCGGCCAUUAUAUUAGAUGCCAUGGCUGUCCUACAAUCUCUUCAGCACAUUCCAGAGACAUUUGGAGAACUUGCUGACAAGAUCUUGGAUCUCGUGAUUAGCAUUGCUUCAAGGUACAAGUGUAGACGUGUGGACUUUGUUGCCGAUCAAUAUCCGGACAUAUGCAUAAAGAAUGCUGAACGAGCACGGCGCACAGCAACUUCUAGUGGUACCCAGAUUACUCACAUUUACAGCAAGGCCCAGAAGACGCCACACCAAUGGAAAAAAUUUAUGUCUGCUGGUGAAAAUAAGGAAGCACUUAUUACCUUUCUUUUUUCUUGUUGGAAAGAAGGAAACUACAGCAAGAUGCAAGACAUUGCCAUCUAUGUCACCGUAGCAGAUGAAUGCCACUUGAUUGACGUUAAGGAUGGGAGUGCAACAGUGAGACAUGUUGGUGAUCUUGACUGUGAUCAUGAGGCAGACAUAAGAUUACUGCUCCAUACACUACAUGCAUCUAUCAGUCACAAUACUGUUGUCAUAAAAAGUCCAGAUACAGAUGUUGCUGUAAUUGCACUCAGUUUGAAGAGUAGAAUAAAAGCCAAUCUCUUCUUUCUGACAGGUGUCAAGAACCGAACACGGAUCAUCAAUUUGCAGAAGAUUUCAGCAACAUUAUCACCCAGAAUAUGCCAGUCGCUUAUUGGAAUGCACGUCUUUACAGGUUGUGAUUCCACAAGUGCUUUUUAUGGAAAAGGAAAGAAGAAAGCUUUUGAAUUGACUAUUGCAUCAAGUGACUUUAUUGAAGCAUUCUCAACAUUAGGUGAGCAGUUUGAUUUGAGUGAAUCAGUCUUCACAGUACUUGAGCAAUUUGUCUGUAAAUUGUACGGACAAUCGAAAUCUACCAGCGUAAAUGAAGCUAGAUAUCAAAUCUUUUGUAUGGCGAAAUCAUCAGAAAUGAGUUUGCCGCCAACUCAAGAUGCUUUGCGACAACACUGCAAAAGAUCCAACUAUCAGGCAGCCAUUCACAGAAGAGCACUACUGCAGUUCAUUUCCCCUCCAUCACCCACUAACCAUGGCUGGAAUGUGAAAAAUGAUGAACUGCUUAUUUACUGGAUGUCAAAAGACCCAGCUCCAGAGGCUGUUCUUUUGAAUGUACACUGUAGAUGCAAAGCAGGUACAUGCUCUACUGCCAAAUGUUCAUGCCAUUCAAUCAAACUAGCUUGUACAGAUUUUUGUAAAUGCUCCAAAAGCUGCUUAAACAAGAAAGAUGAUGACAAAGAAAUUAAUCGACACAGUGAUGAUGAUGAUGAUGACGAUGAUGCUGAUUAUGAUGAUGAAGUGUGAAAAUGGCAGGGUUUCUUGCAGAAAUUUUGUUUAGGGUAGGCUCUAUUUUGUUUUGUUUAUCAUAUGUGACAUUGGUGAGAGAUACUGGAUAUUUAAUGAUACUUUGAUGAUUAAGACUGUUUCAUUGAUAUAUGUCACUGACACUGAGUCAUACAGGAAAAUGUAAAAAAAUGUUUAACAUUAUAAAAAAACUAUUAAUCUGAAAUUUGAGGGUACACAAUUUUACUUGUUUUACCCAUUAUUUUUACCCUCUGGAAAAAUACCUGGGAAAAGAUGAUGACAAUGAAGUGUUAUCAACACAAUGAUGAUUAAUUACGAUAAUGACUGAUUAUAUAUUGCACUAUUAUGAGUAUGUUUAUUAGAAUGUUCUAAUCAGGGUUUCCUGCAGAAAUAGUUUUUAGAGUAGGCACUUUGUAAUUCUUUGAGAUCGCUAUGCAAUUCUAAAAGUAAUACUAUACAAAAUAAGUAAUUGCUAAUCAAUGGAUAAUUUUUGCUAAUCAUUUCUAAAACAAAAUGUUCCAGUAUAUACAUGUAUAAGGAUAUCAUGUUAUGAUAAAAGUGUUGCUAAUGACAGUUGUGAUCAUGAUGUCUAAAAUGAAAGUUGUUUUUUUGUUUUUUUGUAUAUUACAUAUUAUCUUGAAGAGAUUGGUGCUAUUUUUAGAAUUUGACAUGCUUCUAUUUGGAUAAUUAUUAAAAUAAUACAAAAUAUAUGACAAAAUAUGAAGUACAUUGUGAAAAGGAACAAUAUAAAUAUAUAUGUAAAAUUUGCAAUUGUAUAUGUUUAGUUAUGCCAAUGGAUACGAGCAAAUUGUUUUAUUUCUAAAAAUAGCACUAUAUUUACAUUAUCAUGAUUUACGCAGGAUUUACUAAACAUCUUGCAAUUUUUUCAAGUUUUUUAUUAAGAUUAUACAUAUUGAUGAUGAAAUAUACACAAUUUGUUUGAAAACAUUUGCAUUUUCAAAACAAAAAGUAAAUAACAUUUUACUGUUUGGAAAAUUAUGACUGAAUUUUUGUUUUGUUUUUAAUCGUAAACAUGCGUUAACAUGCUUCAAAUUGGUUGUGUGCUUAAAUGAAGUUACUAAAUAGUAACAUGGUUCUCUGACAAACACAAAUAUAUCAAUUUAUUUAAUAUGAGAUGAUUAUUAACAAAGUUAUGAGUGUUCAAAGAUGACACAUAUCUGCAUAAAAAUACCUAAACAUUUACCCCGACAGGGUACCUUUAAAGUCAAAUUUUAUAAAGUUGUGCAAGUUUGUUUGCUGGAAACAAGUGAAUUCCAUUAGGUAAGACAUGUAUAUACAUGAAAACAUAAUUGUUUUUUUAGUCCAUCUGAUAGUGGAACGAAAUCCUAUUUCUAUGCACAUAAUUCAGCUCAGCCGACGGCCUAAGGGUAAUAAACAUAUAAACCAGGUACAUAAUUUGUUUGGACUCUUUAUUUUGUAUAGAUUUAAUAAAAUAAGUGUAAAAUAACAGCAAUACCUGUGCUCUAGAACUGCUUCUCAAAUUCAAACAUUUGCCUCCCAAUUAAAAUUUGAAAAGCAAAGAUUGCCUCCCAAUCAAAAAAAUUAAUUUCGAGCCUUGUUCAUUAACAUAUACUCAGAGAAUAUGAGUUGAUUCCUUGAUUACAUAUAUAUGAAUAAUACAAUCUAUCUUUUUGUUUGUUUUCGGUAACAGAAUUGCAAACUGAUGUUUUCUAAUUUCCCCUAAAUCUAAUUUUUUUUUUUUUUCAUUAAAAUGGAUUAUGAAAUGUAGUACUUUGUUAGUGGUAAAACAAAAACACUAAUAAAAAGAAUAUUCCCUUCAAUUACAUGGCUGCUGUACAUAAAUUCAUAGUGUGUAUUACGGAAGUGUCAUAUUUUUAGUGUGACAAUAUCCUCAUAAAAUAGCUAAAGUCAAACACAUCCAUUUAUUUUACAAUAUUUUACUUAUCAGAUUUGGAUUCUCCAUACAUUUUUACAUUAAAAACAAUCUUAAUAUAUAAGGAAUAACAUGGUUUGAUUUUUUCACUCCAUGUCCACUUUAGCGUAGAAUUGCCCAUUGCUGUUACUGUUGCAGUUAAACACUGCGCAGUUAACCAUCAUAUAAUUACGUCAGCUGACCGGUGCCUCGCAGCGAGCCGGGCGUUAGAGUAUAAUGCGGUAUUUGACGCUAACUUAAUCCAUUACACACUACAUGUCUUUUGAUGUCCGGUCUCCUUUAACCAUUAACAUAAAAUACACAUUAAUUUGAAUAAAUAAAAGUAGCAUACAGUGUACUACCAUUUUAAAGUCUAACAUAGCUCAAUGUUUUGAAAAUGAAACUAAAAAUUCCCAGUUAAAUUUUUUAAAAUAAAAUCCUGUCAAUAUACUGAAAAAGGAAAGCUACUUUCAGUUUCCAGGGAUCACCCUGCCCAUAGCUAAAUUAGCCAAUUAUUAAUCUUUAAACAAAAUGGCUACAAUUUUUUUUAUUUGGCUGAAUUUUUUUGUUUAAAUUAGCCACUUUUUAAUAAUUUUCAAGGAAAUACUCUUACAUGUUUAAAAAUUUACUAAAAGAAA